AUGUAUCUGCUGUUGUAUACGAAAAGUGAGACGUCUCCUGAAACGUCAAGAAGUUCGAAUGAAGCAAACGGUCGCAGCGGGCGUGCAAUACCAUCGUCACUGAUUGAUAGUGAGGCAAUAACCCUCGAAAUGCGCCAACAAGACCCAGAUCGUUUAGCCGAAUCCAUACGAUUGUUCAUUGAGAAUAAUUUUUGGUUGCGCGGUUCUGUUGAAUAUGUGGAUUCUGAUGGAGAUUUUGUUAAGUUGGAAGAUGACGAAUCAUAUCUGGCAGCAGUCUGUGAUAUUAUGUCGAACGGAGACAAUGUGAUGAUUACAGUGAUUGACGGAAGCUACAAAUAUGGAAGCGAUUUCAAUCAGGAAUAUACGAAUCUUUUAUCACCUCUUCCUCCCGAACCCGAGCCGGAGGAAACGCGUCCGAAUGCCCAGGAAGAACCAGGAGUUGCAAUUUUGUCACCGUGCCCACUAUGUGAGUGGCGCAGUCGAUCAGGUGAUUCAGCGGUGGAUGUAAAUAACCGAGGAGAUCUUGAAAAGAUUUUGGUUGAAUCCGUAGUGGAUAAAGUCCGGGAUGAAAUCCGCUCUGAAGUGGCAAGUCAAUUGGAUGAGCGUCUCCAAUCACUCAGCUUAACAUCAUCUCUCUUUUCAACUGACAAAUGGGCUGUACCUUCGGCUCCACCCGUCGAGGAAUCACGAAAAGAAAAUGGUCAGGAUGGAAAAAUCGCUCAAAAUCUCCUUUAUAAUGCAGAUGAUGAGGAUUUACUGGUGAAACUGAGCGAAGGUUAUCUGAAGAACGAUGAUUCUGAUGUGGAUAUUGGUCAGGGUAUUCUGUACGAGACUGCAGGGAAUCUAAAUAUUCGCUCUGGAUCAGAUGCAACCAUAGUGAAUGAGCAUCUAUCAUCACACAUAUCAAGUGGAACGCUUCAAGAAGAAAGCGAUGCGGGGAACGGAAACGCCUCAAAGCGAAUUGAAGAUUUAAUGGUUCCUGCAGAAUGUGUUCCGUUUCAUCAAAGUGUUGACGGUGGUGAUUCGGCAACUGAGACUGAAUAUCCGUCGGAGAAGGAGAAUGUGAACGAAAUAUCCAAAAGUUCAUUUUCAUCGAUUGAACAAGAUCCAUCGUCCUUUGCGGCGGAAGGUUCGAUGUGCACAACUUCAGAAAGUUUGAGAGCGCAGAAAAUGUCAGUGAGGGAUUGGAUUUACGCAUAUAACAAUAAUGGGGAGUGCGAUUCGAUAAGAAUCUCUCAGUAUACAACAAACGAAGACGCGGAUAAUGAUUCAGAUAUCGAUGAAAAUGAGAAGCGAGAUGAAGAAUUCGAGAAGUUUGACGUAUCUGAGAGAUCCGAAGCAGAGCAGCGAAACGAGGAUCAAGGAGAAACUGCAUUAUUGGAGUGUUCGGUAGAUCAACAGAAACCGAAGAAUGCGAAGGUUGAACUUAUGGAUGGAAUGGCGAAAGACUCAUCCGAUGCGGAUACUGAAGUUGUUGUGCCACAGAAGGAUUCAGAAAGCAACUCGAAGCCUCCGUCAAGAUAUGAGCAGCAAGAUCAGAAGAUUAUAAGUGAACACCCUGAGCAUGACUGGGGAACACCCAGUGAUCCGGUGGUGAUGCACAGCUUGGAAGAUUCGUCUUUCGUCUGUUUGAGUGCCGGUUGCGACUUUUCAGUGAAUGCUUCGUCAAUAGCGACAGCGAACGAUCCUUCAGAGUUGUUUAAUCAUGAUCCCAGUCAUACGCUAAUUCGUCUAGGAGCUGGCGUUCGACCGGAAAAUUUGCAGUCAUUCUUGUUGGCCGAACAGCAGAGAAAACUCUCGAAAAGUGCCAUCUUUGGAGCGCAGCUACCACCAGACGUGUUCACACAGCGGUAUGGACGACUCUCAGUUGAUGGUCAGAAAAUGAAACAAGGUCAACCUCAUCAUCAACAAAGCAAUCACGAUGUCGUGAAAGAUCAGCGUCGAGCAGAUGGCAGUGGCAGUUUCUGGGCAGCUCAGUUGGAGAGUGAAGGUGAGGUGGCAUUGAUGAGUGUAAUUGAUGACCAGAGAGGAGCGUUUGGUAAACAAUGGGUUGUAAAGAACUGUGGCAAUAUCAAAUGGCACAACGUUUCGUUGGAACUGAAGUAUCACACCCCGAAUCUGGAACCUCUGUUCUGUUCAAUUUGCCAGCCGAAUUCACUGAACAUUGGUCGUACAAUGGACAUAGUGAUCUGGAUGAAUGCCCCACUUCAAUUGGGCAACAAUGAGCCGUGUCGUGCAGUUUGGCGUCUUGCAAAGCCCAUUUCCGCACCAUCUCCGGCUGAUAAUCAAAAUUCAGAGUCUGAAGCAGCAGCAGCAACGAUAUCUGGAGAAGUAAAUCAUCCUCACUCGGUGGCGAAAAGAUUCUUUGGACCACAUUUCAUCUUUCAAAUGGGUGAUUCGGAUGAUUCAGUGACGUCGGAUUUCUCGAUAUUGGUUGGUUUUUCGAUUUUAUCCGUAUUCAUCUUGUUUGGUUUGAUUUUUAAAAAAUUUUUCUAUUCACGCUCAUUUGUACACCGUUUCUUCGAGUGA